AUGGCUCCAGGUGAAAGAAAGAAGUCCUCUAGAAAGAAGAAGGACCCAGAUGCUCCAAAAAGAUCUUUAUCCGCUUACAUGUUUUUUGCUAACGAAAACAGAGACAUUGUUAGAGCUGAAAACCCAGGUAUUUCAUUCGGUCAAGUUGGUAAAUUAUUGGGUGAAAAAUGGAAGGCUUUGAACAGUGAAGAUAAGUUACCAUAUGAAAACAAAGCUGAAGCUGAUAAAAAGAGAUAUGAAAAAGAAAAGGCUGAAUAUGCUAAAAAGAACUCCAUCUAA